CGCAACUCUCUGCACUGCACUCGCUGGCCUCCAACAUGACUCUCCUCCACAGGACUUGAGCAAGCAGGAUUUCCGUCUUUAAAAAAAAAAAAAAAAAAAAAGGAAACAAGCGCCCUUUCUAACGUCUAUUUCACACUUUAUUUAAGAGUGUGGAGGGGACUAAACGUCAAAAUGCCGCGCUCCUUUCUGGUCAAGAAGCACAUUAACUCUGCCAAGAAGCCCAACUACAGCGAGCUGGAAAGUCCAACAGUGCUGAUCAUGCCGCACUUCUACAAGAGCCUUCCGUUGCCGGUCAUCCCUCAACCGGAGUUCCUGAGCCCGGCUGCAUACAGCCCCAUCACGGUGUGGACCACCAGCAGCCUCCCGCUCUCCCCGCUGCCCAGCGACUUGUCCCCGUUAUCCGGAUACCCUUCGUCGCUCUCCUCGUCCUCCUCCUCCAAGGACCACAGCGGCUCCGAAAGCCCUCGAAGCGACGAGGAGGAACCCGGGCCGCCCCGGCAGGACGCGGACAAGUUCCAGUGCGUCCAGUGCGCCAAGUCCUAUUCGACCUACUCGGGACUCGUCAAGCACAAGCAGCUGCACUGCGACGCGCUGCAGGCCCGCAAGUGCUUUACUUGUAAAUACUGUGAGAAGGAGUACGUGAGCCUGGGAGCAUUAAAGAUGCACAUUAGGACUCACACGUUGCCGUGCGUUUGCAAAAUAUGCGGGAAAGCCUUCUCCAGGCCCUGGCUGCUGCAGGGACACAUCAGGACGCACACGGGCGAGAAGCCCUUCUCGUGUCCCCACUGCAAGCGGGCCUUUGCGGACAGAUCCAACCUCAGGGCUCACCUACAAACCCACUCAGAUGUGAAAAAGUACCAAUGCAAGAACUGCUCCAAAACGUUUUCACGGAUGUCGCUGUUGCACAAGCACGAGGAAUCCGCUUGCUGCGUAGCGCACUGAACACAGGAUACUUGCUUCCACUACCAUCAGACUUUUUUGUAGCGAUUUUUGUUUGUUUUUAAACCAAAUUUCUAAGCCUGGUUGAGUCGUCAGGGAAUUAUUUUGGUCCUUUUCAUCAGUUUUUGCAAUAGCUUCCUGUUCCAAGCCUUACUUAUUCAUCUACCUGUGCUAUUCAUGCACUUUUUGCAUGUCUACGUCUCCCGUGCCUUCUUUUUUCUCGGACACAUCAAGUACAAAGGACACUAGUGGAAUACUGAAGCCAUUGUUUCUUAGGGAAUUUAAAAUUUUUGCACAAACACUUCAGAUUGCCAGCACUCACGUAGGGAUCUUUUGUUCCUGUUUUAAAGUGCCUCCAUUUUUAUUCAGCAAUAAUAUGUAUUUUUGGCUUUUAUAUUUUUUAUACUAUAUUGAAUGUAAGCGUGACUGCGAUGAUUGUAUAUUAAAACUGCAAUGAAAGUUGAUUUUCAUAUUUGCGUGACACUUUGGGAAAUAAAAAGUCUCACGGCUUUUUUUUGUAGAGGUCGGAGGCAAUCUUGCGUGGUUUUAUAUUUGAUCGAAGUGCUUUUGGAAAGUAAAAGGGGACGUGACUGAGUUCUGAAAAUUAGACCUGAACCCGCUUCCCAACCCAGCACACAUCAAACCAUGUUGAAAUGUAACACAUACCAGUUAUAUUGAUCGGCACUCACUUGUUAGACCCUUUUAGAGCCCACAAUGCCUUCUUUAGCCUGACUGAGUGCACUGUUUCCACCUGACUGGAUGCAGCCAAACCUGCAAAAUCAGACAGUUUUUCCCAUAGGAAAUUGUGUAAGGUGAAUUCAUCUGUUCACUAGCGUGAUAUGGGCAGCAUUAACAAACUUAAAUUGAAGAAAAAUACGCCUGAAGGCUGGCUGAAACUUACAGGGGUACUAAAUGUAAAAAUAUUGUUUUCCUAUCGAAUCUGUUCUGUGUGUCAUCCUGACUGGUACUGUAUUUGUGAAAAAAAAGAGAAAAAAAAACAUCUUAAAAUUUUUAUUCAUUCUGUGGGGCCGCCAUUUUGUCCAAUAUUGCUCUUUAUUGAUUACCAAAAUUAACAUCAGAAGGGCUCUUAACACAGGAGCGUUAAUAUCAUGUGACCAUACUUAAAUCUACAAAGUAUUUAUUAAAAAAAAAAAAAAGGUUUAAACAUUGAAUUUUCCUGCUUAUGGAAGCUGCCAUUUUUAAGUCUUUUUGCUCUUGCCAGAGUGAGAAUUGACAAGAAUCUCACAUGUACCAGUAAUUAACCAGUAACUGUGCUAUAUAUGCCAAUUCAUAACAAAAAUAAUGUAAUAAAUCAAAAUAUGUCGUGCAUGCACUGAUACUAUAGUAUUUGUGAGCAUGUCUGGAUCAUUUGUUUUUGCAGAUCUCUUUCACACAUGAAAUCCAUGUAUGAUGUGUUUUACUCUGUUUCAGUUUCUUUGGAAGCCACAUGUUGAACAUGGGAUCAAUUUAUUGAAUUUUAUCCUUAUUCAUUCGUAUUUCUUUCAAAACAGUCAGCCCGCUCAAUUGAAAAGCAGUACACAAGGCUGAAGCUGAGGUCACUUCGAUCUGAAAUUGAAGAUUUAGCUGGAUAUGAUGCCCUUUCAAAAUGAAGAUUAAAGGGGAAGUUCGGUAUUUUUGACAUCAGGCUUAAAUCUUUGAGUUAGAGGGGGUUAAUUAGUCAGUGGAGUUGGUUUAAAAAAAAAAAAAAAAAAUCCUUGCAACUGUUAGUUUUUUAGUAUUUUCAGAGCUCCGGAGUGGCUAAGCAAACGCAAGUCGAUAAUCCCCUCCUAGCAUGCCAAAAAAACAACAUGCACGCAGAAGAAUCACAGAUGACGCAUGCAAUCACUAGUGUUAGCUAUGUUUUCAGGAUAAAGUUAUUAAAACUUACCAUUGCAUGUCAAUAACUGCAGUAUGAACAGCAACGUUAGUCAUUCAGCUGCUUUGCAGAGAACAGGCUGCCUGGGCAAGCAGGGCGGAGGGAUUUUACAUUGGUGUUUUCAGCGCUGAUUUUUUUUUUUUGUUUGUUUUUGUUAAUAUGUUUGGUGCAACAUUGUUUUGGCUUCAUGGGAUUUUCAAACAUUGAGCUGCAUUUUAAAUUUAUUUAACUAUGUUAGAUCUGUUAAUAUCCCUUUUUAUUGGCAUGCUAGCAGAGGACUAUUGGCUUAGCCAAUCUGGAGCCCUGAAAAUAAUAAAAAACUAACAAACCAUACAGAUUUUUUUAAUGAACUCAACAGACUAAUUAAACCCCCCUAAAUCGAAGAUAAAGCCUAAUGUCAAAAAUUCUGAACUUCCACUUCAACUCAUUGACAGACAUGUUUUUUUUUUUUCAUUUACGUUUUGUUGCAGGGAGAGGUGUGGGAAUGGUUAAGGCUACUCAACUGUGAAUUCCAACUGUGAAUUCCAGGUUUGUAGACAAGGUUAACUAAUUCACAGCCAUUGACGGAGAUAGAUGUCAAAAACAUUUUAACUGGCUGUGAAAACUGCCAGCCUUCCCAGUGUAAACCAAUUUCACGUCUAUUGACACCAAUUGGAGUGAAAAUGCACUAUUUUUUUAUUGUAUGAAUUCAAGGUUUAUCAGAGUCCUGUAUUUUGACUGGGCACAUACAAUGCACACUUGUAGAAACAAUACACAAAAGGGGGAGUGGUUCACAAUUAGGU